AUUCUCCAACCAUGUCUCUCAAGGUCGCCAUCCUCGCCUGUGUGGCUGUCGUCGCUCUGUGCGACAAGGUCCCAAUCCAGGACCCCCUUCCCCUCGUCUACACCCCUAGACCUGCCUACCAUGCCCCUGCACCCUACCACGCCCCUGAACCCGCCUACCACGCCCCUGAACCCGCCUACCACGCCCCCGCACACUACGAGCCCGAAUACCCCGAUGUGCCCCCGAAGUACAACUACAACUACGGCGUCGCCGACGGCUACUCCGGCGCCAACUUCGGCCACUCGGAGUCCCGUGACGGCUACAAGACCGAAGGCACCUACACCGUCGACCUCCCCGACGGCCGCAAGCAGAUCGUCAAGUACGUGGACAACGGCGACGGUCUUGUAGCUGAGGUCAUCUACGAGGGCGAGGCUCAGUACCCCGAGUACACCCCCACCUACAAGCCCGCUCCCCCCGCCUACGCCCACCCUACCCCAACCUAUGCUUAAGAGAGGAUAAUAAGGGAAUAUGUAUUAGGGAUAUAUAUAUUCGACGAAUUAUAUUUCUCAUAUCUGAAAUAAAGUUCCUAUUUUUCUAUAAA